GGUGUCAGGUUGUGAUGCACCUGACCCAUCUACCUGUGUCAGACAUAGACACAGAACGACACAAGGUGUUUUCUCCAUCCUGCUGAGAGAAGAAAAACGGACAACAUGACGUCAUUUGUACCCCAAGCCCUUUCCCCCCAGUUCCACAACAUGGGGCAGGAAUCUCUGGACUACAGCCUGUACAGCGACAGCUUCUACAGUGCUCAACCGUUGCCGAGUCCACAGCAAACCCUGCCGUCGGCUCAUGACUUUGGAGACUAUGUCAGCCCGGCCUCGAACCCUUACCUGUGGUUCAAUGCACCUGGGCUCAGUUCAGCUCCCGGUCUUAGCGGAGGGCCUCAACAUUACAAUAUGACAAAGCCUUAUUUACCCACAGGAAAACUUGGAGGGACUGAAAGCAGCUUUGGAUGGUUUUCAAUGCCUUCCCAAGAAGAUCUGAUGAAACUGGUCAGGCCUCCCUAUUCGUAUUCAGCACUUAUUGCGAUGGCAAUACACGGAGCCCCCAACCGUCGUCUCACUCUCAGUCAGAUCUACCAAUACGUGGCCGAAAACUUUCCCUUUUACAACAAGAGCAAAGCCAGCUGGCAGAACUCAAUCCGACAUAACCUAUCGCUCAACGACUGCUUCAUGAAAGUGCCCAGAGAUGACAGCGAUCCAGGCAAAGGUAACUAUUGGACCCUCGACCCAAACUGCGAAAAAAUGUUUGAUAAUGGCAACUUCCGUCGCAAGAGGAAGAGAAAGUCUGACCCUCUGGCCGAAGACGAAGGAAAGAGUUAUUCCGGAACAGACUCUGAUCUCAACAGUCCCAAAGAUGACACAUCAGAAAGAGGAAACUCUCCCGUCACCACAAGCUCAACUCCCUGUCUCAAUGGCUUCAUAACUCAGAUGGGGGAUGUGGUUUCAGGCUCCGGUAGAGACACUCUCCUCCCGCUUUUGGAUGGAAGCCACAGAGCUUCUCCAACCGGGGUCCACGGGUCAUACUCUCCAAACGCUACCGUGCCACAAUGGGACACCCACAUCCCUCCCCCUCUUCAAUCCAACAUAUCCUCCUCACCCAAUCAGUACUCAAAUAGCUAUAGUGACUCCAUUCUCAACCAGUUCACCAGUCAGGCCUAUCCCAUGAUGGGCUCGUCUGACUUGCUGUAUGCGAGAGAGGGAACAGAGGUGUAGUGCCUAAAUGCUCUGGUGGACAAAAUGCUGUCGGGCAUCAACUGUUGGUGCAGUCACUUGGGAGAGCAGCUGGCCUACAUUGUGAGUCAAAUUCCCGCAGAAGUGUGGUGCAGAUCUGAGUGGAUGUGGAGGUGGUUAUCCUCUCUGUUGUGGCUCUUAGGCUCACUUGUUGACUCUUGGCUUUCUCUGUGCAGCUGAAAAACAAUGAUCCCAGAAAAUCUCCCAAUCUCAUUUGUUGUGUAUUUUUUGGAAAACAUUUCCAAACUGAAAGUUAAAUGAAUCUGAACGUUAAAAGAAAUGCACUGACUUUUGUCAUAAGUAUGAAUUUGUAUUCAUUUUGUCCGUUGUUUAAUAUUUUGUAUUUGUAUAUAUUUUGUGACUUAAAUUUAUAAUGUAUUUGCGAAAAUAAAACUGCAUCU